AGCCGCAUGAAAGUUUCAUUUGUGAUGAUUAGCUGUUACCCCAGCGACCGCCCACGGCAAAGGCUUUCAUUUUCACUGGUGUUCAGUCUACUGGUAUUCAUGGGGCUGAGUCCGCGUGAUCGUAAUUGUUAUGUUUGUAUAACCAUGCGAUCAAAUUGUCCCGUAAUAUCCUGGCGUAUCCUAUUCAUAAUAGAUUAGACGGAAGGUUCAAUUUUAUUUCGAUUAUUUGGUAUUUAGAGGCUGUUAAAUAUUAACAGAAACUGAAAGUAGUCGUAACGGUAAAGUUUAAGUUAUUUUUUAAAGUUUGUCAGUGCUAGUGUGACCAUCAUGACCCAAAGCACCUUUAGUACCGAAAAGCUAAGUAGCAGAGGGUCUGUUAGCGAGGAAAAGUUAAUGGUUGCUGUUCGAGUGCGACCCUUACGAGCUGACGAGGGGUCGCGUAUCGUUCACGCAGUCAGUGAUAAGAUGUUGGUUUUGGAAGAGGAGACAGAUAGUCGUCGGGAUGUUCUCAGGCAGCGUCGCGUAAACGAUAAACACUACUUUUACGACAAAGUUUUUGGCGAGAGCAGCACACAAGACGAGGUGUACGAUGCGGUAUGUGCACCGUUAGUAGGUGACACCUUACACGGCAUUGCGGGAGCGGUGUUCGCGUAUGGGGCGACGGGUGCAGGCAAGACGCAUACGAUGACCGGCCUGAUGUCGCGUGCACUCAGUCAUCUAUUUAGUUCUAUCACGAAGAGCGACAACCCUGAUGCUUUUGAGGUAAAAAUGUCUUACAUCGAAAUAUACAAUGAAAAUAUCCGAGAUCUGCUAAAUCCAAGUGCAGGUCCCUUGGAGCUACGGGACGAAGGCGGCAGUGGCGCGCCUGUAGUCGCUGGACUUAGUGAGCUACGAGCUACGGACGCCGCCCACGUAGCAGAAUUAUUGGCUAGGGGAGAUCGCUCCAGAACUGCAGAGCCGACACAAGCGAACCAACAUUCCUCUAGAGGCCACGCUCUUUUAAGUGUGUCGGUGAACAAAACAGUGUCAGCUGGAAUUCAAAGAGGUCGCUUGUUCCUCAUUGACCUGGCGGGAUCUGAGCGAGCUGGAACGCGAGCCAGGCGAUUGGAAGGUGCUCAUAUCAAUCGGUCCCUCCUUGCCUUGGGAAAUUGUAUUAUGGCGCUCUCUGGAGGUGCAAGAUACGUCAACUACCGCGAUUCGAAACUAACCCGCUUGCUGCGCGAAGUCCUCGGUGGUAGGUGCCGCACUGCCAUGAUAGCGCACGUGUCACCCGCGGCCAUACACCGGGACACUACUAGAUCCACAUUGCAUUAUGCCCAACGAGCAUCGACUAUCACUAAUAAGGUUGAACGGGAACUAGUGGAAACACCGAUGCAUUUGUCACAGUAUCGCACCGUGAUUAAUGAACUUCGCGAAGAAAUCGCGAGGCUCAAAGUCAAAAUGAAGGAUGACCGGUCAAGCAAAACAAAAGAAGAUGAACACGCAAUAGAAGACACUAUUAGUAAAGUAGAUACAGAAGAAAACGCUGCUCAUCUUAAAUCCCUGAGAGAAGCGAUUGUUUCAACGUUUAAGCAACAAAUGCGAUUACGGAGACGUCUUAUGGAAUUGGACAGUCAUCUCUUGGGAUUGGCUUUGGAUGCAGAGAGACAACACGCAGCUAUCUCUCAUUGGGAAGCUAGAUUUAACAGGCUUUAUAAACCGAUUAGUUUAAACGGGUCGAGAUUAAGCACACAGCAGAGUUAUAGCGUGGGCAGCGUGGGCAGCGUGGGCAGCGAGCGUGCAGAGGCAGAAGUAGCGGUGGAGCAGGCGUGGGCGGAGCUCGCGGCCGUGGAGCGCGAGCAGGAAGCGGCGCGUGCGGAGCGGGACCGCGUCGAGCGACACCUCGAGCAGGUGCGCUUACGAGGCGCGCAGCUUGAAAAGGAGCUCCCAGCACACAUAACCAGCGGUCCAGAACGCGAGGUGCUAUCACUUGUAUGUCGCGUGCACGAGCUAGAAGCAGACAAGCUAGCGCUGCAGGGCGAGCGGGCGGCCCGCGCGCACGAGCUGCGCCGCCGCGAUCUAGCGCUGCAGCGACGGGACGCGCAGAGGCGGCUAACAGACGAGAUUAUAACCAGGCAGCGGAGAGCGCUUGAAGAGGUUGGUGUCGGCAUACAACCGGAUUUGGCUCAGCUAUACGAGUUAUAUCAACAAGAAAUUCAUGCUUCAACAUACACAGAAACCAGUGAUCUCUACACGCCAUAUCGUCUACCACCUAUAUCUUCUAGUUUGACAGAGCUAGCGUGGUCGGAGAGUUCAAGCGGAUCGGGACGUGGCUCGAGCUCCGGGCACUCCGGCUCAGGCGCAGACCGCCUGCCGCGCCUCGCGCCCACACCACGACCGCGCACUAGAUACAGCCAAGCAAGUGCUACAACCCUGAAACGAUAUUCAAGCGAUGACAGCAUCGUCACAGCUGCUCCUCGGGGAAGUGCGGAGGGAGCUUCCUGAAUAUAACAUUAUUUAUUGUGGAAAUAGUAAAAAAAUAUCUUGUGCGAAUGUUGCAGUAAAUUAUAUGUAACGGUUUUUCGAAUACGAUGUCUAAAUUGAAUUGUUGUUCGAAAAUCGAAAUAAACUAAUACAUAUUAUGUAAUAUAUAAUAUUAUGCACAUAGUGCACUGGAGUAUACCUAGGUGAUUAUUUUCUGAUAGUAAAAUUUGAGAUUUAAGGGUGUUUUUGGGGAUUGUGUUUUUAUUAAAAUAGGUUUUAGUAGAAUAACAAGAAAAACGUAAAUAUCUUUGAAUCAAAGUAGUUUCAAUAAAAAUGUGUUUUUAACGAUCUAACCUGCAGUGC